AUGACGGAGUUUGAUAGGUUGAAGAUGGAUGAUAACGAUACGGUCGAUGACUUUGCAGGGAAGAUAUCGGGCCUAUCAUCCAAAGCAACCUCGUUGGGAGAGAACAUAGAAGAAUCCAAGAUGGUCAAGAAGUUCUUGAAGGGUCUUCCGAGACACAAGUAUAUCCAGAUCAUAGCAUCACUUGAGCAAGUCCUAGAUCUCAACUGGAUGGGGUUUGAAGACAUAGUUGGAAUGCUUAAGGCGUACGAGGAGUGUGUAGGAGAAGAAACUCAGAAAGAAGACCAAGGGAAGCUGAUGUUUUCGAACAAUGAAGAGAAUAGUCAGAGAGGCUAUGAGAAUUCCCGUGGUAGAGGAAGAGGAAGGAACGGUAGAGGCAGAGGUCGAGGUAGGUCACACAACCAAAACUGUGCGUCACACACCGAAGAUAACAACUCGAAGAAGAAUCGUUCAAAACUGAUAUGUUGGAGAUCUGACAAGCCUGGUGACUACGCAACUUUAUGUCCCGAGAAGACAGAGAUGAAUCAAGAAACCAACCUAAACGAGACAGAGGAGGCCGAUGCACUCUAUGUACACGAGGUGGUGUUUUUGAACGAGGAUAAGGUGAUUCCGAAGAAUCUUGAUAUCGACAAAGGCAAUGCAAGAGUCUGCUAUUUGGAUAAUGGAGCGAGAAAGGGUGUGGUUACCUUUGUGUGCAAGACUAGAGAGAAGAAGGCACUCAAAGACAUAUACUACAUACCCGACCUGAAGCACAAUAUAUUGAGUCUUGGGCAAGCAACAGAGAACGAAUGUGAGGUUAACAUGAAAGACGUCUACUUAACGCUCACAGAUUCUCAUGGAAGGUUGCUAGUUCGUGUGACAAGAUCUCCAAACCGUCUCUACAAGACCCUUAUGGAGAUAAGCUACCUAGAGUGUUUGCAUGUCAGGGACGAAGAUGCUACAUGGAGGUGGCAUGCUCGACUAGGACAUAUAAGCUAUGGAGUGAUGAACAACAUGGUUUGGAAGGAGAUGGUCGUAGGAAUGCAGAGUGUAACACACGAAGAGUCGUGUGUGACUCAUGUCUAG